AUGGGAUCAGAAACAGAAACCGGGGCCGAGACGGGAGUAGUAGUCCGGGACAGCAGCACCGAGGAGGACUGGAAGUCGAAGCCCCCGUACCGCACCACGCCCGGCAACGAGCCCUUCGACAAGAAAUGGACAGCGCACUGCCACUGCGGCCGCGUCAAGUACUGGCUAUCGCGCGACAAGCCUCUCGCCGCCAAAUUCUGCCACUGCGUCGAUUGCCAGGCCCUGCACGGCGCGCCCUUCCAAUGGGCUGCCAUUUUCGAGAAGCAGGACCUACACUUCGAGAAGGGCGCCGAGGGCCUCGCUUUCUACCACGCUCCAGAUAAGACGACGGCGCACCGUCUGCCGUGCAAAGUGUCCUGCGCGUACUGCCGCUCGCCUAUCAUGGACGAGGGCCGGAACAUGGUGCUUAUGUUCCCUGGUAUUAUCAAGUUCGGCGAUGCCGAGCGUAGGAAGUUGUUCGAUGCACAAUGUCAUAUUUUCUACAGCCAGCGCGUGGUGGAUAUGCAUGACGGCAAGCCUAAGUGGUCAAAGUUAGAUGGGCAGAGCGAGCUCAUGAAGGAGGUUGAGAGGACGGACUCGGGCGAGCACAUUGUAGUAGGCCAGGCUAGAAAUGAGAAUAAGAAUGAUUGA